UUGUAGUGACGUCACGGCCUGUAACGUCGUAACGUGGCGGAUUAGUGAUUAAUAGGAGGGGCUGUCAAUUUUUCGUGGUUUAAUGAUUUCUGUGAAACUGUUUGCAUAAAAGUUACAAUUAAUAUACGUACUAAUUUAGAUAAACGAGCCGAAAAAUGUCAUCAUCGGGCGAUUUCGGCAACCCAUUACGCAAGUUUAAAUUAGUUUUCUUAGGAGAGCAAAGCGUUGGGAAAACGUCUCUCAUCACAAGGUUUAUGUAUGACAGCUUCGACAACACAUAUCAGGCUACAAUUGGAAUUGAUUUCCUGUCGAAGACUAUGUAUUUAGAAGACAGAACGGUACGCCUGCAACUUUGGGAUACUGCAGGACAGGAAAGGUUCCGGAGUCUGAUUCCUUCAUAUAUACGUGACUCAACAGUUGCUGUGGUAGUUUACGAUAUCACAAAUGCAAAUUCCUUUCAUCAGACAUCUAAAUGGAUUGACGAUGUUCGGACAGAACGUGGUAGUGACGUAAUAAUUAUGCUUGUUGGCAACAAGACUGAUCUCUCAGAUAAACGACAGGUCUCCACUGAAGAAGGAGAACGGAAAGCCAAGGAACUAAAUGUCAUGUUUAUAGAAACUAGUGCAAAAGCUGGCUACAAUGUUAAGCAGCUUUUCCGACGUGUCGCUGCAGCCCUUCCUGGCAUGGACUCUACUGAAAACAAACCACCAGAAGACACUGUUGAUCUUCAAACACAGACACCCCAGCAAAAUGACCAACAGGAUUCUGAAGGUGGCUGUAUGUGUUAAAUCUUGAAAGUGAAUGAAAAAUGGAAGAAAAUCAGUUAUAUUUGCAACAAAUCUGGGAACAAGCUCGUUGUCAUUGUGAUUGUUGCAAAGACUGAGGUUAAUUCUUGCUUAUUUCAAACGAAGUAAUGUAGGAUAUUGAGUUGCUGUAAGAUGCCUAAAUUUUUUUACUGAACACCGUCAGUUGAUAAGGUCUUCAUUGUAUUUCAUAAUCAUACUUACCUUUUUAAAAAUGCUGUUACUGAAACUGUCAUUCAUCAACUUGGAUCUAGGACUUCGGAUUCACAUGUUACUUAUAUUUAUGCUUUACGUAUAAGAUAUUUACAUAAAGAGCACAAUGUUAACAUAAAAACAGAAACUGAACACAGACUGUUAAUUUCCCAUAAAAUAAGUAGUUCUGAGUAGUCGGAUAGCUUGUUUUAAUUGGUUAUUGUGAGGCAAGAAUUGUACUGUGUUGUAAUGCCUACACAAUUCUGUAAAAUUCAGUUUUUAAAGUUAGCUCAAUUUUGUCCCAUUUGUAAUAGACAUGUGUUUCAGAAUGUGUACAUAGAAGGUCCUGUUUUCAUGUUUUUUCACUUUUUGUGUUCCUUUACUUUCAUUACAACAGUCCUAAAUUCAGCUUGGGAAAAAAAAAAAAAAAAAAAAAAAAAAACCAAGCAUUGUUCAGAGAGUAAAGGCUUGUACCCAUCAGUAAAAAGUUAAAGCUAAUACCUGUUAGUGCACUAUCAACCAGAGUUCUAGUUGCAUCAUUUUGUGAGAGUUUUAUAAAGCAAUUCUGCAUAUAAGAUAGAAUUUAAUCAGAAAAUAACUUUUAAGAUGGGAUGCUGCAAUAUAAUUCUAUUAACAUAUGAAAAUUAAAGUAUAGGGUUGAAUUUUGGAGAUGUUGUUCAUGAAUUUCUGUGGGAACUUGCAAAAAAUAAUUAUAUCCGUUACAAAUCGUAUAAAUAUUUAAGGUGUUAAGUUAUAGCAGACAUCAUGAUUCAUUUAUGCAGUUCAUAACAAUUCAUUAUGGAGAGAAACUGAAGUCUUGCAAAAGGAAUCACUGUCACCUCAGAUGGCUAACUUAUCUCGUGUGGUAUCAAAGUCGCUCUUUAUUUUAAAUUGUGAGCACUUUGAGAAUCUCGAUACUUUUAUUUGUGUAAUUGUUUGGUUUAUAUAAGAUAAAUAAAUCUGUCUGUUGAAAAGUGAUGUAUUAAGUGAGAUGCUUUAAUGUUUACUGGUUGAAUGUUUUUGCACCAGUUAAACUGUGUUUGGCUUUUGUGCAGCUUCCCUGUGCAUUAUUGGCUCAAAGUUGGUGAGAUUAAUUUAUUAUGAAUUCCAUAGUGGAAUGCUUAUUUAAAAAUAAAAAUCAUUGAACAUGUUAAA